AUGCAGAGGGAGGCAGAAGCUCUACAGUUGGAGGAGCAAAGGAAGCUGGAGGAGGAGGAGAAACAACAGCGUGAGGAGGAACAAAGAAAGAAAGAAGCUGAGGAUAAAGCCAAAGCUGAACAAGAAGAGAUGGAGAGACUGCAGAAACAAAAGGAGGAAGCUGAAGCAAGGGCUCGAGAAGAAGCAGAAAAGCAGAGGCUAGAGAGAGGAGCAGCAUUUCCAGAGAGAAGAGCAGGAGCGCCUAGAACGUAAGAAGCGCCUUGAAGAAAUAAUGAAAAGGACAAGAAAAUCAGACAUAUCAGGCAAAAAGAAGGAAGAUAAACAAACACUGAAUGGAAAAGAGACCAAACAACAAUCAAAUCCAGUCAAAGCUGAAACAGUACCCACUGAUGUUAUCAUGAAGAUUGAGCUUCCAGAGAAGAAGGUGGUGAGAAUACAAGACAGGACUGCAGCAUCUGACAUAUCCCAGGGAGGCUCUCUGGUGAAUGGGAUACAGCCUUCCAAACAAGAAAAUGGCUUCUCCUCUAAAGAUUCGUCUCCUGCAUUUGAAGAGGUGAUAACACUUUCUGAUAUCAGCAGUUCUAAUGGAGAGAAGGGGAUUCCACCUGCAGAACCAAUUAUCGCUUUUGGGGGAAAGGAUACAUUUAUUAAGAAGUCUACUGUGCAGCCCCCUCAAGUAACA